UUGACUAUCUGUCAUGGCGUAAAGAAGUGUACAUUUCUGUGCACGUAAAACAAAAAUAAUGAUUCUCAGACGAUUUAUUUUGCGUUUGUGCUUUAAAAACUUUUGUUUAAGAUAUAAAGUAUCAUGGUCAAAGUGUGCUAGUUAUAUUUAGACGUAAGUGUGCGUUAAAAUGGACAAGAAAAAUGCCAUUCGGAGAGCCAAAAGGCCGUCUAAAGUGCUCGAAGAAAAUUACUGGGAUUGCAGCGUUUGUACAUACAGAAACAAUGCGGAAGCCUUCAAAUGUUCGAUGUGUGACGUUAGAAAAGGCACAUCGACCCGCAAGCCUCGCAUCAACCCAGCGCUGGUGGCGGCUCAAGCAGCUGGCACAGCACCCACCAGCUCACAGAAACGACCGCGUUCCGCCAACUCCCUCAAGAAAAAACGUCGACCGCCCCGACUGAGCAAUGUGGACAGGAGCUCAGCGCAGACUAGAGAGGUGACAGUGAGUGGGGUAACUGUCGUUAUAACUGAAUACAAGCCUAAGAAAUCUGUGUCGAGUAGUUCCAGCGAUGUCGAAUCCUCGAACGACGCAAGACCCUGACUCUUCGCCUCAGGCUGUCUCAAAGACGAUGGUAAAGUGAAUGAACUAUAACUAGAUGGAGUAGCAGUGUUUUGUUUUACAGAUUUUAAAUUCGUAUGACUUCCUUCUAAGUAUUUAUUAAGAUUUUUCUCUUGUCGUCUCUAUACAAACUUCAUUUCAAAUAGCAUCUGAUAUUUUUA